UGGUGUGAUAAGUUGAUCUCGAUUCAGGCCACAACGUGUACGGUCUCUAUACAAUUAGGUACGGGCUCCCAGAUAACCCAUUUCUAUCACUAUUUCGCAUCACGCAUGGUCUUUCGCACCUCCUGAACUCAUCCCCCCCGGUGUCGGGUUGUGAAGUAUAAUAUCUAACGGGGUUGUCUGCCCAGUCCGUCGGCAAGCGGCGCAGCGCCGGCCGCCGCUCCACCGGCCGCACCGCGGCGUCUUCAGAGGCCACCAAGAACCCGCUCAUGGAGACCACACAGCUCACUACAUACACUGAUUUCAAGGAAGGCAUCGACGAGAAGAAAAUAAGCCGUAGCUCCAUGGUCCCGAAGCCCCCGGACAGCAUCCCCAUGGUCGUGUGCGACGCCAUCGAGGAGCACAACUCCCCCUAUCAAAAAAAAAGCCCAACCAAAUCGGCGGCCAUGACCCCGAAAACCGGCAAGGAAAAUAGACAGCACGCCGUACAUCUAACACCUAAGACUAAUCUCAUGUACACGCCCACCAGACUCACUAGAUCGGCUUUAAAACUGAAUAAUGAUGGAUUCGCCACCCCUCGCGCACCGCUCAGCGCCGCCAAGCAAAACAUGCACAGAACCAACUCGAACAACAACCUCGCUUUCAAAAAUACUCCAAAUAGUGUGGUACGAUCCAAAACACAAACAGGUCUUGUUACAACCGCUAAGCCUUUUGUUUAAUAUAGUACCAUCCUUUAGAUAAAACACUUACGAAGUAGCAGUGUAUUUAUUGAAAAAGAUGGCAGUGAGACUACACUUAACCUAAUUUUGUACUGAAUUUAACUAUGGAAAUGGCGUGUGCACAUCAUAGUUAUGUUAAUGCCUUAUAUAUUAUUAUAGCGAUAAAAUGUUGUAGACUGGUGAUAAUUUUAUACCUUAUACCCUCUGACUACUGUUUGAUGUAAAUAUUUGAAUCUCUUAUUAAUUUUAAAAUAAUAUAAUUUAAUUUUAACUAUAAAACUCCCGUGAAACCGCGUUCACGUUUUUAAAUACAAUUUAAUAUUAAUGUAAUUUUGCGCGUUUAAUUAUGAGGAGUUUAAUUUGUUUAUGAGUCCAAUUAAGUUAGUUAUAAUGUUUAAUUUUGUGUCAUUUUACUUUUGACUUUGUAUUUCGGAUUAUAUAAUUAUUAUUGGAUAUCAUGUUCAAUUAUUUCAAUAUGUUUAUGCCAUUAUGAUCAGUAACGAUCAACUGGAAUUUGUCGUUAGUUUGAAGUCUCGUUACAGUAAGAGCAGCUUUUAGUUAAGGGUGUUGCUUCUUAUACGUUAUGGUUGUAGCGUACUUAAUAUUAUUCAGUAUUCAAUGUGUAUAGGACAUUAUUAAAGGUUGUUGUUAAGGCCGAUGCAAUAUAUCUGCCGAAAGCCAUGCUUAGCUGUGUCGAAAAUUACCGGCAGACUAUCCGGGCCUUAAGUAGCUUUAAAUUUGUAAUAUAUUGUGUUAGUUUAAACAAA